AUGGCCGAAACCUGGAAUCCGCCAAAGGACGGCACCCCAUGCUGGAUCAAUGUCCUGGCAACCGAUGUCCAACGAGCCAAGGCUUUUUAUAGCACUGUGUUCGACUGGCGCUUUCACAGGGCUUCGACAGCCGAUGGGCACACCCUCGAUCCAACGGAGAUCGCCAUGUUCGAAGUACCCGGCCAGGCAUGCCCUGGUGGUGGAAUAACCCGAGUCAGCGAAUCUGAGUGGACUGGCUCGCACGGUAAAGGAGGAGUAGUUCUGUAUCUGUAUGUGGAUGACAUCAACGCGUAUGGAAAGAAAGUCGUGGAAGCAGGUGGCAAAAAGAUGACAGAAAUCAUGCCAGAAGGUGACAGGGCCGUGAUGCAGCACUUUGAGGACACAGAGGGCAAUUACCUUGGGAUUUAUAGCAUGAAGAAGUAG